AUGUCCAGACAAAGUCGCGCCAGCCGUCAGAGAGAAGUCACGGUACCUCCACGUCUCGAACCUCGGAGCUCCAUAUUCCGGCAGCGCAUUGCUGAGGACACUGGCCGCCAUCCAGGAGCCCCGCACCCCCAGGAUGACGACGAUGUUGAGAUGCCAUCCGCUGAAGUUUUUACGACACCGCCGCCAGAUACAGCGGAGUCCACUGCUGGCUCGUCUGCACGGCCUACGACUGUCGAUACGUCGCGCCGUCGUCGCGGCGGCCAGAAGAGCAAAUCCAACAUCAUCGGCGAUGAUCCUGCUUCAACGAGCACACAACCGUCUUCGGGUCGUCAGGGGAGGCCCAAAGUCGGGAACCUCGGGGCAGCCCGCACUCGCACUCGCCAGCAGGCAAUGCACGUCGGCCACGUGGCGACUCAGUCCUCGGAAGUACUUUCCUCCGAUGCCACGUCACCAUCCGACGUGGGAAAAGAGCGCCAAAUAAGGGCUCAGAAGCGUGGGAGAUCACGCAUUGGCGAAGAUGAUACUUCCAUCUCUCGUAGUCUGGCUGAAGCAAGAUCAGAGCAGUCCAGGAAGCGCACUCGGACAUCCACAAGUGCGGAACAUGAGGAUGAAGUUGGCAGACUGCACGAAGAUAUGUUUGCUCAGAUCAGCCAGAAUUCGUCCCUUGAUCUUAUUUGCAACCUGGGAGCAGCCAGGGCUCGAGAACUUUGUGCGUAUUCUGCUGCUGAUGAGGAGAGGGACUUUGCAGUGUCGAGCGUGCAAGUGCAUUUCUCGAAAGGGAAGCUGGUCAAGCCGCCGAAACCUUCCUCCCUGGCCCCACUGUUGUGGGACGAUGCCACCCCGCGGCGCUUUCUAGACAAGACUGGCACAGCGCUUGUCGUUCAUCUUCCAGGUUUGCUCACCGUUGAGGCUCAUGCGCGCGCAACGACGACUUUGAUGGAACUCGCCAAGUCUCAUCCUGAACUAGUCGAGCUUGGUCACGCCAACAAUCGAAAAGAAUAUCGGUCUGAGCAGGGCCGUGUGUCAGGAAAGUUGGCGCUGUUCAAGGCGUCCAAGCCAGGAGACCCAUCUGACCGACUUCCUGUCGCAUCUGCCAGCAUCGCCAGUGGGCCGACCAGAUACAGGGACAUGCAUGAGCUGCUUCGCACGCUCCGACUGGUUUCUGACCCUGUCGAUGCUGCGCUCCAAGCUGUCGACGCCAUCCAGUACACGGCAUUUCGGGAGCUGAACGAUCGCUUGGAGAGCAAGUGUGCAUAUAUGCUUGCCUUGAACAGCGUAGACCCCAUCGUCUUCUCGAAUCGGGCCAUAGACUUCAAUCGGCGGGCCUCGGGCCACAUCAACAAGGAUAUACAUCCCAACAGCUGGGUGUCUCUGACCGCUGUCGGUGACUUCAAGCAAGGGUCUAUGUAUAUUCCUGGUCUCAAUCUUCGCCUGCGACUAGAGCCGAGAGACGCAGUGCUGUUUCGGGGCCAUGCCUUGAAAUACGAGGUUGGAGAUUGGAAUCACGGCCAGCUGAUUACGAUUGUGGACUCUACAGACCAGUUCCUUUGGGAUUCCGUCUCCCUGAAUUGUCCUUGA